AAAAAACAGUGAAUAGUGCUUAAGUCGCAUAAUAAAAAUAUAUUAUUUCUUGCCAACUGUUUCUCUUGCAAAAUCCUCCGAAUUCUUCCUGAAACUGUUGCUUUAUUUAAUUUCUGAAUCUCUCUGUAGUCUGGUAAUAUUUUGCAGACAUAAAAUAAAGUCUUGCUAUUUUCUGACUUUAAUAGAUAUAUAUGUAUUUGGAAAAUAAUAAUAUUAGAAACCCUAAAAAGUUCUUCUGUGGCGAAAUUACCUAUGUUUCGUGUUCACACGUGGCUAAUCAAUCAUGCAAAAUAUUUGCGGAAGAAAUGAUAGCAUGUCCAAUCAUAAACCAGGGAUAUCUAUUUUCCGUAAGCGCGGUUUUACACAUUGUCACUUCCGGUUCGGGGACAAGAAACUGACACUUGAAUAUUAUAACGAAUUAUAGGCCCAGCAGUCAGGGGAUUUCAUGUUGAUCCGCCAAUGCUGGAUCAACAAAGUAAAAUUAAUGUUGAAUUCAAACCGUCCAAAAGGAUGAAAAAGCGUCGAGAACUGGAUGCUUUGGUUGGAAACGGUAAAAUACGGCGGAAAUCUAAAAGUGGUCAUGAACUUCUGCGUUCUGACAGCGAAUCGUCCGAGAUCGACGAAUUUAGUCUCUCGGCCCAGAAAUCUUUCAUGAGGAAUAAAGGACAUGGCUCGGCAGGAUGUUCGUGUAUAAGCGUUUUCGGCAUCUUCCUGGUGGGCACGUGCUUACUAGCAUGUGUGGCUCUAUUGUGGAUGCACUUUCAAAUGAAACGGGACCUUGAUGAAAUGAGAGACAAAAUAUCUUCAGUUGAAUCAAGAAACCAAAAUGGUUUGGGAGAUUAUCAAGAUCUACGUAACAAGGUUCAGAUUGUCAACCAGACAAUCCAGGGCGUCAAGUCUGGCGGGGAUACUCAGAGGGACCGCAUGAACCAGAGGCUGACCAACAUAACAAAUAAGAUCCACCAGUUGUCCAUGACAACAGAUUCUUUACAAGAAGGGCUGAAAGCAGCUCCAGAAAUAAAGCAGAUAGCAAUGAAGGUUCCAGUGGUGAUAUCUACUGCAGCGAAGCUGGGAGUGAACGUGAAAUCCAUGCAGACCACAAUAAAUGAUUUGUUGGAAUUCAAGAAAAGCACUGAGACAGAGCUAAAAACAAUAACAGAAUCGAUGAGUGAGUCGGUGCCCACCUCCUCGCCUGGGGACUCUUCCAGCGUUGACCAAAACUUUCGCGAAGACACAUUGGAUAAAUUCGAAACUAUGAGCCAGACGUUGGCCUUUGUGAACAGUUCCUUGUGGAGUAAGAUGGACCAUCUCCAGCAGGACUUCUUACAAAGACAGACAAAGUUCAUGGAGAAUGCUACCAGCUUCCUGAAGAUGAAAAUGCAGAAGACGAGUGAUCCUGAUUUUGUAAUGAGUGGAGGCACACCUGCCCCUGGUGGCAGAGAAGGGGGAAACAAUGAAGGGAUGAAUGAGGAGUUCAUGGAUCAAAUGGAGGCUAAAGUUCACGACAUAGUACACCAGAUGAUUGUGGAUAUGGAGCUGAUGAACAGAACUGAAGCAGAUUCUAAAGCACUGGACUCGCUACUCACAAAAAUGGAUAAUGUCACAGCCAUCGUAAAGACAUUGAGAGACCAGUUUGAUAAGGUCCAGCAAGACCAUGCCUCUCUUGGAAAGUCUGACCAGUCAGAAGGUGUGCAGGGUGACCAGCUGAGUGAUCUGAGACAGGACACUGUCACUCAAAUACAGGCCAUCAACAAGACUGUGCACAAUCUGUUACACGACUUUGGUGCCGUGACCGGACAGUACCUCACAAUUCACGCUAACCAGGUGAAACUUACGUCCACUGUGGAUCAACUCAAGAAUUUCCUAGGUGCAAUGGAUAAGAAAAUUAAAGAUCUCUCUGCAUCUCAGGAACCCGUUGACACUGGUGAGAGUAAAGUAACCACCCCAAUCCCCCAAACAAAACCCCCACAGCAACCUCCCACUGAGGUAGUAACCAAAACACCAGUUACCAACCCAGCUGACCAAAUGACUUCUAAUAAAAAUGACACAGUUGUCUCCCCUACACCACCAGAUACAACAACUUUGACACAAGAAAGCGGCCAAUCAGACAUUCCAACUACUCCAGCACCGCCACCUCCACCACCACAAUUUCCUUUGGUGAAGAUUCCAAAUAUCAACAAUUUUCAAGAUCUGGAAAUGAACUUCAGUCGCUGGGACAAAGAUGGAAAUGAACAUGUAGCACGGGAGGAUUUGGAUGGGUUUAUGCCAGAGAUUCCCUCUGAGGAACUGCUCAAACCGUACGACAUGAACAACGACGGACAUUACACUCUUGAUGAAAUGGCUGCAGCCAUGGGAUUCACUAAUCCAGACCAAGCGCAACCAACAGAGGAGUCGGAGACCAAUGGUCAACAUUGAGCCGAGUGAUGGAGACCAAUGGUCAACAUUGAGCCGAGUGAUGGAGACCAAUGGUCAACAUUGAGCCGAGUGACCAAUGUGGGAAGACGUAACACUUGUCUGUGAUAUUCAUCGUCUGCCUGUGUGGCAGAUUGCCGUUAGAGGUUCACCCAGGACCAGCAGGGAUGUCGGACCUCGAGGUUUCAUUUGUUGUGCCAAACUUUACUGUGGUUAUAUCCCAUGAUAGGGCGACAGCGAGGAAACAGAUCGUGUAUAUAUAUGGGUGACAAUAUUGGAUAAAACACUCUUCAUCAUUUUCUUUCCAUUCUUUUCAAAGAAUAUUUCAAACAUAGGUGAAUUAAGCUCAAUGUAUUAUAAUGAUGGAAAUGGAAUACAUUUUCUCUGGCAGAUGUUGAGUUGAGUUGAGUUGCGACAGGGAAAUACAGCCAGAUGACAUUACUCUAUAGUUAGACCUGACCUUCCUUUAUAUUGUGAAUUAAAUAUCAUUUCAAAUAUAGCAAAGAGAAAGCAAUGUAUAUAUCAUACUCUGGUCGCAAAAGAAAUAUUUCUCGAGUCAAUCUCAUUAAGUGAUAUUUCAUUCUACCCUCCUUCCCAUUAUUCCUAGUAAAACAGUGGAAUUUCACAGAAAAGCAAUCAUAUUCAGAAAACCAGGGCGCAAAUUAUAAGACCUUUAGCUGAUCUUUAUGUUGGUGAAAAGACGGAGCGUAAUUAGAGUCCUUGAUCCUCUCUCCCUAUAAACACAGACAGCAUGAUCCUAUGUCCCUAUAAACACAGACAGCUUUCCCUCGCACCAGUUCCACCACUCCCCUGCCUCACCUCCGCGUCCCACUUCAGUCACUUCCCCGUCCCACUUUAAUCAAUACCUGGUCCCACUUUAAUCAUAACCAGUACACAUUAAAGAAAUUAAAAAAUCAAAAGUAUGUGUGUAUAACCCAAGUCCUGUUCUUCUACCUUCCACUUUAAUUUGUAUGUCUGUUAAAGAACAACAUUCCAGUUACCAUUUUCAACAAGAAAUUGUUUUUGGGACAAAUUUUGUGAUAUGAUAUAUAACCUUGUUCUUUGAUAUAUAGUUGUAUCUAUGUCUUUGUAAAUGUCAGAUUUUAUAUUUGAGUCCCCCCACCCCCUCCCCAUCAUUCGAUCAUAUUUUAUGUGAACCAUGUAGCUACCAGAGUUAAUAAAAAUCACAGUAAACACUUAAUCUGAAUCUGUAAUUUAAAUGUUUUUGAUUCUAUAGAGAUAAAUAGAAGUUUACUCUCUUGAUUUAUGAAAUUGUUAUUUAUUUUUAAGACCCAUUCCCUUGUUUGGUAUUUAAGGCAUGUUUGAAUUGCUGUAUAAACGCAUACCUCGUCCACCAGAUCCACAUAAUCAGGUUUCCGACAUGAAAUUAAUUACUGUUGUGUGGUACAAGAAAAUCUUCUAAAAAGUUGAUUGCUUACAAAAACAACGAAAUGAUAGUAUCUAUUCAGGUAUUCAAAUAUUAUCCACCCACACCCAUACCCACCCUCACACGACUGGUCAGGACCCCAGGCUCGUUCUGUCCUUCAUGGUCCAGAGUACUUGUAUCCAUGGUUUACGAAUUAUUUGGGGUGAAUCUAAUGGAGGGGGACAACCCCUACACCACAUGCUCAUGUAGAUGUUUAUGUUAGGCUGCAUCCAAAUCAUCUGGUAUAUAUGUAUAGUGUAAUGGUCUGAUAAAUCAUCAACUCUAAAUAAUACUAAUACAGGUCAGCCGAGCUCGGUCUCGUGGGUGUAUAUAAACUGUUUGUUGUUGUUUAGAUGGUUCUAUAGCAAUAAGUAUUGAUGUCAUUGUUAUUAUUUCUGUCGGUCAUGCGGAGAAUAUAUUACAUAUUUUGAAUUAAUCGUGAUAUUGUUGCUGUUAGAUAUAAAUGGUAGCCAAUGAGUUUUUUGCUUUUUUUCCAUCACACAGGCUCUGGUGUAUGUAAUGGUAGACAGGUAGUGUUUCUUGGGAAGAGUUAAAUUACCGUUAAUGUAGGGAUAUUUUAAAACAAAAUAAUUGUUUGAAUUUGAAUUCCUUUUCUAAAUUUUUGAAAUAUCCUUCUGUUCUGUGAACCAACUUAUGUUGCUCAUCCUGUGACCGUACUUUCGUCACACUCUGUGCUGCACUUACAACGUUUAUUAUGUUAGAUAAAUAUUUUCAUGGUAUACACAGACAGUCACACAGUUGAAAUUUCAAAUUUUCGUUUCAAACUGUUUUAUUGAAAGUCAUAAGAAUGAAAGUGUAAUUUAUUCAAAACUUCUUGAUAUUUAUUGCAUACUACCUAUAGACAAUCAUUGGCUAUGAAAUGAAAUUAAAGUUUGUAAAAACUUAACAUUAUCUGACAUUAAAUUUUUGUUAUAACGUAUAUAUGUGAGCAUUUCAGGAUGCAGACUGUAAAAGUCUCUUUUAUAUAAAUAAGUAUAUUAACUGUACAGCAAGGGUAGAAAGGUGGCGUACAGGUAAGAUAUUGCUGUAAUGUAAAUUUUUGUGGAAGGCUUUGUACUUAAUUACAGUUAUGCAAAGUGCUGUGUGCUAGGAGACGAACGAGAACGAUGCGAGGAAGUGACUUGAGAUACAAUUGUUGUAUGUGUGGCGCUAUUGUCUUUAUAACCGACUCAGCAUCUCGUCAGAUGCAUCAGUUUUUGAGUGGGCACGUCACGAUGGUCUGUUGUUGUACUUGGUGUAUGUUGUCCACACCAUUUUAACAACAUUGCUGUAAGUGGGUGUAGAUGCCUUAUAGGCUUGUGUUGAAAUAAUACUUUUACCCAGCUGUUUAUAGGAUUUAGAGAGAUGGGUUAUGUAGACCUGUAUCCAUGGAUGUCCACGACCGAUUUACUGUGGGACUCUGUGCAAACGAUUUUUCCUAAUCUUUGCGUGAUUUCCUGAUCUAAAAUUUCACCCUUACGUUUAAUUUUGUAUAUUUGUUAAAUUAUUGAUCACUAGGUGAAAUUAUGUCAAACAAAUAUGGAACCUCAGUGGACCGGUGUCAAUUUGUAAUAGAAAAUCUGUGUCUAAUAUAAGGUUUUCAAUGGAGUCUAUUUAUUGUGUUCUCGUUUAAGAGAUACACAACAUGUGUAAGACUUGAAGGAUCAAGUGCUAUUGUAGAAUUUGUUUUACAGUCUAGAUUUAUUUUAUGAAAAUUAUAAAUUCAUUCCUAAAUCAUGAAGAUCAGCUGACAACGUCAUUUUGUACUUGAUUACCGCAAAAAAAGAAAUGAACAUCUUUUUCUUUAAUUUAAAACGUAAACCUUUAUUAGUAUAUUUGGAUUGAAAAAACAUUAAAUUUAAUUCCAGCUUGUUACAAAUUUAAUCUUUAGAGGUAGAUUCUUUAUCAAGUAUUUAGUAUUUAUUUAGUAAUAGGAUUUGUUCAAUAAUGGAAAGUAAUUAUAAAUGCUGUGAGUUGUUUUGAAGUGCUUUACAUUGAUGAUUGUAUGAAAUGUACAUGUAUCUAGUCACAACAUAACACUGCUUGACGUGCAUUGUGGGAAGUGUGUUUUUGAAAUGUUUCCGUCAAGUCUCAAUCUGUUGUAUGCUAACAGACUCGGGGGCCUUUCACUUCACUUUCACUACCAGGUUGCAGUCCCACGAAACAUCUUAACUCUUUCACCCCAGAAAUUUCAUAAUGAACUUUUCCAACCUAUGAAUUGGAAGAGUUAAAAUUUGUCUUCAGGGGUGAAUGAGUUGAACCAUAUUUUUUUCUUUGAAAUUUCCCCUCAGGGAGAGCAUUGUUCAAGCUUUUGAAAAACAAUCCUUUUUUAUGAUUUUUCAUGAAACUUGGGCUAGAGCCAAUCCAGAUACAUAUUUAACUUAAUUUAGUCAGGAACCAGAGAUUCCCAUCGUAGCCUAACAAACUGAUAAUCUGUAUGAUUAUAUACUAACAGGUUUUUUUAUGUCCUACUUCCCGGUUAAUAAAGUACCAGUAAAUAUUCCUUAGAGUCCUGUAGAUUAUUUCUAUGUCAUGUUAAUUUGACUUUCAAGUAAAUCUGCCUUAACAAUUUAUCUUAAAUUUAAGUGUCACAUAAACAUUUUAUUACAUGAAGACUUGGGGCCUGUUCGUUUAUGGGGAACAACCGGUUUGUCUGUUUUUAAAAGUAACAUUUUCAGGUAUAAAUCCUGGCGGACCUGCCUUGUAAGGCUUUGCCAAGGCAUGUCUGAAAACAGCAUCAGAUUACUAGGUCCGGCCUUAUUUCAUAAACGAACGGCUCUGGUCCAACCAAUUCAACCAUUUGGAUCGCAAUAAAUGAAAGCGGACAUGCAUGCUUAGUGAAAAAAACACAACUCGGAGUCUUCACAGACAGAUACAGAAAGGUCUAAUAACGGAAUUUAGCAUGUAAUAAAAGUAAUCUCCAGGAUAAUGUUAGAUUGUUUGUUAGGUAUGUUAUAGCAUGUUUUUAUUUGGAGGGACUUAGUACUGCAUCGUUGUCCGUAUGUUAUUGCUUUGUCCAGCUAUAUAUGUGCGAAACUUGAAUUUAAAAAAGGGGAGGCAAUUCAGUUUGAAUUGUUAUAGUAAAUCAAUCAGGUGUGUUGAUUUGUAUUGCUAGUAAAAUGUACUAGUAUGUUUGGAACUAGAAUUAUAUAAUGUUAUCGAUUUUAAGACAAAAAUUGCUAGUGACAAUAAUAUUCCCAGUUUCGGAUUCUUGUAAAGUGAUAUAAGUGUGAACCUUGUUUUAGUUAGCAUUAUCGUUACAUUACUCCAAUGUGUACUGAAGGAGGUCAUCUCCAUAAAGCUUAUUAUCUAUUAAAAAAAAAAAAAAAAAAAAAACUUGAACAGUGUUAAUCCAAUUUCUGUGUUUGAAAAAAAAUGGUGCAGUAUAUGGUGUACUCCAUCAAUAGGGCCAGAUACUUUUAACAAGCGCCAUUGACAUAAUCAUAUCCGAUAUCCAACAUUGUGUCAAAAAUUGUCUGGGUUCAGUCAUUGUUUCCAAAAAGUGGCAUGUAGACCAUAAAAUGUGUCAUGUUCAUAAAAUCUAUUUACCAUGCUAGAUAACUUAUUCUGACCAAAACAGUAAAACCUUGUUAUACUGCAACCAUUUCUCAGAGAAAUUUUGGCGUUAUAAUGUGGUUUGGCAAUAAAUUGAGGGAAAUGUAUACAUGAAUUCUUCAGAAAACAGAGAAAAAUGGACACUGAAAUAUAUUGGCGAUAAAUGAGGUGGCAAAAGAGAAGAGGGGAAUUAUAUCAAGGUUUUACUUUAAAGUGACAAAAGAGGGGCGUUAUAUCAAGGUUUUACUGUACCUUCUAAAUGCUGAGUCCAACUCAUUACUUCCUAGAAUGGUGAUGCCGACACCCACAUGUAUUGUACUUUAAAGAUAAUGAACCAAAGUCAGACCCAUAUUCAUAAAUCAGAAAGCUAGCACACUAAAAAUUCAUUGUUAUUUUUGUGUACAAAUCCGAACACUUCAGGGCCUGUGUCUGGGCCCUGUGUAGGUAAGUCUUUACCGAGACAGGUAGUGCUGGCGGUAUUAUGGUAAACCCUUGUGGGUAUUGUGGUGUUAUUGAGUGAUGUAAUAUUAUUAUUGUAUGAGAGGUGUACAAGUGAAUUUUUAAUAAAAUCUCAGUAAAAGUU